AUGGAGAGCAGUAGGAUGCAUGAUAAUCAAAGACUUAGGGCCUUUUUCAAAUUUUUCAUCCCUGAUAGCUCCAAAGAAAGAAUGAAAAUUCCCUCAGCAUUUACAUCAUAUCUGAAAGCUAAGCUAUCUCCAAGGGCAUACCUAAGGGAUCGAUUUGGAAAUAAGUGGCCUGUCAGAGUGGGAAGAAUUGGAGAUGACUUCUUUUUCCUUGAUGGUUGGGCUGAAUUUGUUGAGGAAAAUUCUGUGGAGCUGGGAGAUUUUUUAGUUUUCCAGUAUGAUGGCCAUAGUCUUUAUGAUGUAAAAUUGCUUGGCCAUAGUGCUUGCGAAAAGAAAGGAGUUGGAGCUCUUAAAGUGCUUAAGCACGAGGAGGAGGAGCAGAUGGAAGAAGCUUGUGAGGUGAAAGAAGUAGAGGGAGAGGAAGAAGAGGAAGCUGAUGAAGCUAAUGAGGUUAAAAAAGAAGAACAGGAAGAAGAUAACUGGGAAAAAGAGGAAGAAGAAGGGGAGGAAGAAACCAAUGAAGAUAAACAAGGAGAAAUGGAGGAGAGCAACAAUUCCUUGGAAGUUAACGAGGCUGAAACGGAGGGAGAGAAAGAGCAGGAUGCUGACGAGAUUGAACAGAAAAAGGAAGGAGAGGGAGAAAUUAAUGAAGAUAAACAAGAAAAGGAGAUGGGGAAGUGUUAUUCAAAUACAAUUGAAACGGAAGCUAAUUCUGAUUAUAUGAUGGAAGCGGAAGAUGAUAGUACUCAGAAAGAAGAAGAAGGUAAUGUGGAAGAGGAACCAGCAGCUAAAACUCACUCUAAGGUUGCUACUGUAGACUCAAAGUCUUCCAGCAAAGGCAAAAAAAAGAUCAGAGGAGGCAAGCAUGAAUCUAAAGCUGUCAAAGGUCAUAAACGUCGUAGAAGAUGGCUUAUUGACCCUUAUGGCUACGAUCUUUUCAAGUCUGGAUGCAUUUCCCAGCCGAAGAAUCCUUAUUUUGUUACACAAAAAAGGGCAAGAAGACAAGAUGCAUUGUAUGUUCCUCAUGAUAUUCUGAGAGAUCACAAUCUUAAGCUGCCACAAGAGAUCAUCCUUGUCGACCAACAAGGCAGGGAGUGGACUUCAACUCGUAACCAUUGGAAGGAUGGCAGAUUUUGGUACCAUGGUGGAUGGAGCAGUCUCUGCAGGGUCAACAUUGUUGGAUUUGAUGACAUUUGCAUCUGUGAAUUUAAGAGAAAAGUUGGUGGAGGCCUUUACAUUGAAGUCCAAAUUCUUCACCCACAAGAUAUAUAA